AUGACUGACUAUCUCUCCCACAUUCAACCCGUCCCACGCGGGCUCAGCAUCACUCUGGGGAAAACAAAAACGCCACACUGCGUACAUUUAAUAACCCCACGGUAUGAGAUGCCUUCAAUUCCGGGCGAAAUGCCGGUGGCGGCCGAGCUGGGAGGGUUGUGGGGGGACGAUGAGAGGGAUGAGGGAGCCGUCCGAGGAGAGGGUGGGAAAGAACUGCGAGCAGAUACAUCAGAUGUUGCCCUGGAUCUAGCACGCUACGAUAUCGAUGUGUACAGCUAUGAGGCUGAUUUUGCGCUCGGAUUGGAAUAUUUGAGGAAGGAUAGGGUCAGCUUGGUUGAGGAGACCAACUUUGUGGUAAGGGCAUCAGGGCCUGGCACUGAACUGGAAGGACAGUAUAGACGAGCGUUGCUUAGUAUAGGCCUGAUGACGGAGUUGCACGGAAUCCACGGCGUUCGCUCGGGAUAG